AUGGAGCCCAGAGAAGCCACUGGGAAAGAGAACAUGGGCACCAAGAAAAAGAAUCUGACCUUCUUGAGGCCCAGGCUCUAUAUGCUGGAGAGAAGGAAGACUGACACAGUGGUUGACAGCAGUGUUCCUGGGGACCACUCUGGUACCUUGAGGAGGAGCCAGUCUGACAGGACCGAAUACAACCAGAAACUACAAGAAAAGAUGACUCCACAGGCUGGGGCUUCUGCCACUGAGACCCUAACUCAGGAGGAGCAUCAGAUGCAGAGAAUGAUGGCAAAGCGUUCGAAAAUCAUCAAGGAGCUGAUACAGACGGAAAGAGACUACCUCAAUGAUCUUGAGCUGUGCAUUAGGGAAGUGGUUCAGCCCUUGAGAAAUAAACAGAUUGAUCGGCUGGACGUGGAUAGCAUGUUUAGCAACAUUGAAUCCGUGCAUCAGAUAUCAGCCAAGCUGCUGUCAUUGUUGGAAGAGGCCACAACAGACGUGGAACCGGCCAUGCAAGUAAUCGGAGAAGUGUUCUUGCAGAUUAAAGGACCACUGGAAGAUAUUUAUAAAAUCUACUGCUACCACCAUGAUGAGGCGCACAGCGUACUGGAAUCCUAUGAAAAGGAAGAAGAGCUGAAGCAACAUUUGAGCCACUGUAUCCAGUCCUUAAAGAAAAUAUACAUGCAAGAAGGCAAGCCAAACUUACUGGACAUGGGCUCCUUGAUGAUCAAACCAAUCCAGCGUGUAAUGAAAUACCCCCUCUUGCUGUGUGAACUCCGGGGCUCCACCCCUCCCUCUCACCCAGACUUCAGGGCGCUGGGAGAUGCUUUCACUGCAGUAAAAGACAUUAAUGUGAACAUCAAUGAACUUAAAAGACGGAAAGAUUUAGUUCUAAAAUACAAGAAGAAUGAUGAGGAGGAAUCACUUAAAGAUAAAUUGUCUAAACUAAACAUUCAUUCAAUUAGCAAGAAAUCAAAAAGAGUGACAAAUCACCUAAAGAUUCUAACCAGAGGAGAACCCCAGGUGAAAGACAAUACCUUCAAUAGAGAAGAAAAGCUGUUUAGAUCUUUAGAAAAGACGGUGAGGCAUUGCGUGAAGAACAUUUCCCUCUGUCUUCAACAUAUCCAGGAUGCCAUGCCCCUAGCGCUGCGGAGUGUCAUGGAGCUCCAGGAGAUCUCAUGCAACAAAGACAAGGAGGAGACGAGCCAUUCGGAGGCCCCAAGGAAUGCCCUGAAUCCCUGUGAUGACUUUGCAGCCCAUUUGCAGAGGCUCGUCCUGAUGCCCCUGUCGGCCCUGCUGUCCUUAUUCACAGGGCCUCAGAAGCUCAUCCAGAAACGCUAUGACAAACUGCUGGACUGCAACAGCUCCCUACCACGGGCAGCAGGAGACGAGUCAGACUUGGCCAAAAAGGAGUACGAGGCCCUCAAUGCCCAGCUCGUGGAGGAGCUCCAGGUGUUCAACCAGGCUGCUCGGAAGAUUCUGUGGAACUGUCUGUGCAGUUUCAUGGCUCUCCUCAGGGACCUGACACUUGCGGCUCGGCAGGUUUAUUCCACGGUGGCGCCGGUACCACCGUUGGCCUCAAGAAUCUCUGAAAUUCAGAAUCAAGUACUAGAAGAGGUUCAAAAUCUUAAUUUUGUAAAGGACAACAGUACCACCUUUAUUGAGAGGAAGCUUAGUUUUGAAAAGAAGAAGCCUGUGCAAAUUCUGCCAGAAGUGCCCCGUCAAACUGACAUUCACCGCUCCAAACUUCUAUCCACGUACAGUAAAGAAGAACUCUACCAAGCGAAGCGGAAGUGCAAUGCUACCCAAGAAUAUGACAUCAAUCUUCUGGAAGGGGAGUUGGUGGCUGUGGUGGAACAGAAGGAUCCACUGGGGAGUACAAGCAGGUGGCUUGUUGACACAGGAAUUAUAAAAGGAUAUGUGUAUUCCUCCUUCUUAAAACCUUACAACCCAGCGAAAGCACAGAAGGUGGACACUGAGAACAGGUUCGGUGAUGAGGAUUUUGAUAACAUCAGCCUCUUUGUGUCCUCACGGCCAGCUAGUGACAGUGUCACAGGCACCCCGGAAAGUAGCAUAAGUGACAGCAGCUCAUCUCUUAGUGGUACAUAUGGAAAGUUUGAAACAAACGGCACUGACAUUGACAGUUCUCAAGAGGUAGAUGAACAGAUUUUCUAUGCAGUUCAUGCCUUUCAAGCACGAAGUGACCAUGAACUCAGCCUUCAGGAAUACCAAAGAGUCCACAUACUCCGAUUUUGUGACCUAAGUGGCAAUAAAGAGUGGUGGUUAGCUGAAGCUCAAGGGCAGAAAGGAUAUGUGCCAGCUAACUACCUUGGCAAGAUGACUUAUGCUUAA